UUGAUACCGAAGAUGAUAAUCAAUCUUCCCAAGUUCCAUCAGGACAAACAUCUUCCUUUAAGCCACGUGGAGUUACUCGCGGCUUGACAACUACAACUAUAGCUAAGGCAUCAUCAACUGGAAAGUUGUCAGUGACUUUUAAUGCGGAGUGUCGUCAACCAAUUUGUACUAAUGCUGAGAAAUUUAAUAAUGAGAUUGGAUUCAUUAUUCGUAAUCAUGGUACAUUUCAUUAUAAAGAGUGGAGAAUGGUCCCAGAAGAUGUGAGAGCUCCAUUGCGACACUAUCUUUUGGAACAUUUUGACAUCAACUUGAAUGAUGAGACAACUAAAAAAUGCAUUGAUGAGCAAAUGAGAAAAGCUUGGAAGAGUCAUAAGUACAAGCUGCACUUAUAUUUCAAAGAAAUUGGAGGAGAAAAUGAUCUUAAGUUGGCCAAGAGCAAACGUCAUCCAGACUUAAAAGAAGAACAUCAAGAAGAUUGGAUGAUUUUGUGUGAUCGUUGGUGUUCUCCUGAAUUUAAGGAAAGAGCAUUAAAGAAUACUACCAAUCGAUCAAAGAGGAAAUGGGAGUCGAAAAAUGGUUCAGUCUCCACACCACGACAUCACAUUCGACGUGGAAUGGUGUUAACUUCUCCUACCGGUCAAAUUGAGACAUGGCGUCUAAAGCAUUAUGAUGUUGAGAAAGGAUGGACUGGAAUAGAGCUCGGCCCAUUAUAUGAUAAAAUGAUGGAGUUAAGGGGUCAACAUCCUCCAGAAGAACUGUCUGAUAAAGAGAUUAUGGAGCGUGUACUUGGACAUGAUUCGAGUUACUUGAACGACUUAAUGAUACAACUUCCCGCCUUAAUGCUACUAACGAACAACUUAGUGUAG